GUACCUCUUGCAAGCUUCCUCUGUAGACGUUUUCAAUACAACCCUCUCAGCUACUUUCUUUUAUCUGUCUAGGGGAAGUUGGGAACAGUGACUGACAACAGUCUACCACUAUUUCGAAAUGACAACAGAAUAGAUUCUGACAUGUCGUCGUCUAUAAGCCAGAGAGCGUUUGCUCAAAGGCUGUCAAGACAACAUGCUGCUGAUGUUCGUAAAACAGUGAGUGCUGCCACUCAAGGACAAGAGCCCCCAGCACCAAACCGAUCACCCAGCAACUCAACCAUUGCAUCUCAACUUAGCCUGGUGGAGAGCAUAGACUCAGUUGACUAUGAAGAGUUCUUGGAGCGUCAUCAGUCAGAGCUUGAGCGUGACCCUGACAUCAGCGUCUUGUGCUUUCCGCCUGAUGAUGUCACUGUCUCAACAUUUGCUUGGCCUUGUAGGACCUUGCAACCACUGCUGCCACUUCCAAGUGAAGUUUUGGACGCUCAUGUGGGAGAAUGUGUGCGGUGCUACUCAAAAGAUUUCAUCCAUGUUACUCGCCGCUACCUCCAGUACUCAAGCUCCUAUGCUGGCCGCACUGGCUCCAUGCAGGGAAAUUUUUGUGCUGAGUUGCUGGAGCGUGUCUCAAGUUUGCCACUGCCUGAGUAUGAAGCAGACCAAGCCAUGGAUGAUGCUGACAACUACAAGUUGCCUGAGUCGAUGUGUAGCUCCCGUCACUCGACCAUCUCAGUGGGGAGUAGCGUGGUGAGUGCACCACCCACCGGACCAGCCACUGUGGUGGGGUCAGAAUGCAACACGCCGAGGGGCAGCUGGGCUUCAAGUGUCUUUGACCUGCGCAACAGUCAGGGCGACCCUCUCCUGCCGUCACUGCUGCAGCCAACACCGCCUCAUCAGACUGAUGCCCUUAACGAAAAAGCCAGAGCUGCUAAUAGACACGACUCGCUGCUGCUGCUGUACCCCGAACAAGAAGAAGAAGAUCUCAUCGAGCGCAGGGUGUUUCCUCCUCCACCCACCCCACACUCAGGACACAGAAUACAGGUUAAAUGCAUCAAACUCCAACUUGAGCUUGAAAUCGAACCCGUGUUCGCGACCCUGGCUCUCUACGACCUCAGAGAGAAGAAGAAAAUCUCGGAGAACUUCUGCUUUGAUAUGAACCCUGAUCCUUUGAAGAAGAUGCUCACUUCACAUAUACCUUACCAGGACAUCAGCACCCUGAGCAGGACUUGUAUCCUGGAAAUAUCCUACCCUUCCCCUGACGUGUUCCUGGUGGUGCGUCUUGAGAAGGUCCUGCAGGGGGACAUUGCAGACUGCCUCGCGCCCUACGCCAAAGACGACUCCCAGCACCGUGACAAGCUGAAGGCAGCGGCAGUAUCGUGCUGUGAGCGGCUAGGCAGGUACCGCCAGCCUCUGGCCUGGACAGCCAUCAACCUCAUGAACAUCUUCUCGGGAGCGCACGGCACUGAUGGAGGGGACGCUGCUGCUGCUGCAGGAGCAGGUGCUGCCUCCACUUCUCUGCCUGGAGCUCUUGAGCGCAAAGGCAGCGUGAGCACGGGCAGCCUGACAGGGGCAGAGGAGAGCACCAUCACCGUGACCACGACUGCGUCAGGAGGCGGCAGUGGCAGCAACAGCGGCAGCAUGAAGCGUAAACAACAGCAGGGACCUGCUACCGCCUCCAUCGCCGACGGCCUGGCUACUCUUCAGUCUGGCUCGCUGCCGCGCCGCGGGUCCAUGGAGCGCCGCAGCUUCCAGGAGAAGAGCAGGAGUUGGUCGACGGCGGAGUUCGCGAGCUGCCUCGACUCCUUCAGGCCUGUCACGCUCACCGUGUCGUCCUUCUUCAAGCAGGAGGGAGACAAGCUACGGGAUGAAGACCUGUACAAGUUCCUUGCAGACCUGAAGCGGCCGUCGUCGCAGCUCAAGAAGAAAUGUCUGCCUGGCAGACUAAAGCUUGACAUCUCACCCGUCACCCACACACCCAAAUACUGCCUCACCCCUGAGCUCGCCAGAGUUAACCCUUAUCCUGGAGGACCUGAGGUCAUAACAGAAGAAGACGAGAAGUGUCGCCCUGUCAAAGAGGUGCUGGAGUUCCCCCCGACUGACGUGCUCUCGCCGCACUACAACUACAGGAACCUUCUCUACAUAUACCCCAAGGACCUGAACUUCACUAAUAGACCAGGCUCAGCCCGUAACCUGGCGGUGAAAGUUCAAGUGAUGGAAGGCGAAGACGAGAGCGCCGCCCUCGCCUGCGUCAUGGGGCGCAGCAGCUGCCCUGAGCUGUCCACUGAAGCCUUCACCGCCGUCACCUACCAUACCAAGUCCCCUGACUACUAUGAUGAGAUAAAGGUGAAGCUGCCAGCAGUGCUGGGUGACCAGCAUCAUCUGCUCUUCACUUUCUACCACGUGUCCUGCCAGCGCAAGGCGGACGAGAAGACCAUAGAGACGCCCGUAGGAUACACGUGGCUGCCAAUUUACCGCAACGGUUCGCUGAGCUGCGGAUCUCACUGCCUGCCCGUGAUGUCGGAGAAGCCCCCCGCCAACUACUCGUACAUCACCCCACACAUCCUCCUGCCUGGCACCAAGUGGGUCGACAACCACAAGGGCAUCUUCAACGUCGUCCUCCAUGCCGUCUCCACCGUCCACCCCCAGUGUCCGGAGCUGGACCACUUCUUCGACCUCAUCAAGAUGGUCGAGGAACGCAACAUCCCCGCCAGAAUUGGGGAAGAGAAAAUUGAAGCUGAAAUAAAAAAAGCACUGGUGGAGCUGGUGCAGAGUUCUGGUCGUGCUCUGGUGCAGUUCUUACCUGUUCUGUUCGACCGGCUGCUGGUUCUGCUGGUGAGGCCCCCGCUGCUGCAGGGUCUACAGGCGCCCCUACAGCUCGCCGCCGCCUCCUUCAACGCCAUCGUCGCCUGCGUCGCUGCCAUCGUGAACGUGCUGGAGAACAAGAACGACCAGCAUGGGCGCAACUCUGUGCUGCUCACCUACAUCGCCUACCUCGCCACCAUCCCUCACCCCACCGACCCCCCGCCCCCCAUCCAACAUCCCGGGGGUCCCAAGCGCCCCCACCCUUCCGUGGUUCAGCCCCCCGCUGCCCCCACCUCCCCCACCCACUCCACCGCCAGCGGGGGGAGUGCCGCCAGCAGCACAGGGGCGCCUGGAGGCACAUCGCAGGCCUCCAUGGCCUCCUCAGCGUCGUCCUCGACGAGUUCCUCAGGCUACGUGGGGCCUGUGAUCAGCGAGUCCCCUGUGGGGAUCACGGCCUCCCUUGGGGGGGAUGAUGCCCUCCAUGGAGCCUGUGCCUCCUCUGGCUCCAUCCACAGCCUUCAUCCCUCUGCUGGAGGAGUGGCCAUGCAGCCCUCGCACCGGAGGAGCACCAGCAACCCAGACUUGGGGGUAGAGGCUGACGCAGGAGCUUUCUUCUCUCGAGGCCUCGACAGGACUAAUUCCAUGAGGACCGAGGAGGGAGGGGCGGCGCCCCGGAGCGGACCAGGGUCCAGCAGCACGUACGAGCAGCUGAGCCUGGCCGUGAGUGGGCCAUGUCCCGCGGGCGGGUGUCGCCUCGUGCACGAGGAGCUCGUGCUGCAGUGGGUCUUCGCGGGCCCUGCCACACGGGACCUGGCCCUCAACAACGCCUGGUUCCUGUUCGAGCUAAUGAUCAAGUCAAUGUGCGAACACUUGGCCCGCUCAAGCAUCACCCCCGCUACGCCACGACGCCAGCGGUUCUCACAGCAGUUCUCAUCAGACCUCAGCAAGCUCGUCACGUCAGUUACUAACGACAUCAUCGCUGCCGUGUGUCGUGAUGAUGACAUCACCUUCACCACACGACUUAACUGCAGCCUCGCUUUCUUCCUAAGCGACCUCUUCUCUGUCAUGGACCGUGGACACGUGCUUCGUCUCGUGCGUGGAUACGUUAAGGAGAUUUCCUCACGUAUCGCGACCAUAGCCGAUCCUUCACAUCUGAUGAAUUUUAAGCUGGAUUUCCUGAGAAUUUUGUGCUCGCAUGAACAUUACGUUGCGCUUAACCUGCCCUUCUGUACACCGCUGUCGGGGCCAUCUGCACCUUCGUCUCCAUGUCCCUCGGUGAGUUCAGGCAGCAGCCAGUGCUCGCUGACGUCAACAGUUGCGUGCGGAGGCUCCCUGACAGACUACACCUCCCUCACCCCCACCUACAGGCGCCACCACUUCCUCUCCGGGCUCCUGCUCCACCACCUCCACCACGCCCUCUCACUCAAUUCCCCGUCAGUGCACGGUGGAGCUAUCAACGCACUACGUACCGUGCUCACGGCGCAUGAUACGGACGACAGAUACGCGCGACACGCGGGGCUACGUGCACGUGUAGCGGCGCUCUACCUGCCUCUGCUCGACGUGCUGGUAGAUGCUCUGCCGCAACUCACGGCCCCUUCACCAGCAGGCGGCGUGUCGUGGAGCAACAGCAGCAGCGAAGACGACGCGUCCUCAGGCCUCCAGUCCACCGUCGCCAGGGCCAUCGCGGGGCCUUCCGUCUGCCGGGAGCCUGACGUCGAUAUUUCCCAUCAGGCGCAGCGGUUGCCGCUGAGCAGCAGCAACACCCGGCACCUGCUGGUGUCGCUGCUGUGGCUGCUGCGUAACGCGGACGCCGCGACGCUGCGCCAGGUGCUGGCAGGGCUGCCCUACCGCCGCCUGCACGGCCUCCUGCACCUCCUCUACAUUGCUCUCACUUCCUUCCAGUACCAGGGUCGGUGUGGAGGUCUGGGUGGUGGAGGGGAGCGCAGCAAGGCAGACAUGAGGUCACGUCUCGAGGAGGCCAUCAUGGGGCAAAACUCCGCCCGCACCGAGAUGAUCAGGCGCCGAGACCGGCAUCCGGCGUCAGGGGGCGGCCAGGGGGCGGGGGGGCAUGGCUCCGACACCCCACACUCUGGACAAGAAAAACUCCGCUGGAGGAAAGAAACUUUCUUAUGGCGCAAUAACCCCAACACUCACCACCAUCACCCUUUCACCCAUCACCACCACGCUGGUGCUGGAACAACCUUAUCCACUGGAGCUACUCUUCCACCUGGAGAUGGUUCUGCUCCAUCGACUCCAGUGCCGCUGUUCCACCAGCUGUCAGUGACGGGUGGUGGUGGCGACGGUGGUGGAAGUGGUGGAGGAACCUCAGGCAGCAUUGGUGGAGGACAAGAUAAUAUCUUUGGGUUUAAUUCUCUUGAACUUCAUCUUGCUGCUGAAGCCACGCUUAUUGUGCUGGAUACGCUCGAGCUCAUCGUACAGGUUGUGAGCAGCAGCGAGGCUCUGCACAGCCUGCUGGGGGUGGUGCUGAAGGUGCUGCUGCACUCGCUCUCCCUGCCUCAGUGCACGCAAGCCCUCACCAACAUCUUCAACUCUCAACGCGCGCUUGUUGCCAAGUUCCCGUCGCUGCUGUUCGACGAGGAGACGGAGCAGUGCGCGGACCUGUGCCUGCAGCUGCUGCGUCACUGCUCGUCUGGCCUGACGCCUGUACGCGCCCACGCCGCCGCCUCCCUAUACGCUCUUAUGAGGCACAACUUCAUCAUAGGCAAUAACUUCUCGCGCGUGAAGAUGCAGGUGACGAUGUCGCUGAGCUCCCUGGUGGGGACGUGGCACAGCUUCAGUGAGUCCUGCCUUAGAGCCUCCCUCAAGACCAUACUCACCUACUCCGAGCAGGACACUCAUCUGCCUCACUCAUCAUCCUUCCCUGAGCAGGUGAAGGAACUCAUGUUCAACCUGCACAUGAUCCUGUCGGACACGGUCAAGAUGAAGGAGUACCAGGAGGAUCCAGAGAUGCUGCUCGAUCUCAUGUACAGAAUUGCUCGCGGCUACCAGAACUCGCCUGACUUGCGUCUGACAUGGCUGGCGAACAUGGCACAGAAGCACAGCGAGCGUGAGCAGCAUGCAGAGGCUGCCAUGUGUCUGGUGCACAGCGCGGCGCUCGUGUCAGAGUACCUGUACAUGCUGGAGGACAGGCCACACCUCCCUGUGGGGGCCACGUCCUUCCAUGCCAUCUCUCCUAACGUCCUGCAGGAGAGUGCUGUCUCGGAAGACGUGGUUAGUCCUGACGAAGAAGGCAUCUGUACCGGCAAAUACUUCACUGAGAGUGGACUUGUAGGACUCUUGGAGCAGGCCAGCUCAUCCUUCCUUCAGGCUGGCAUGUUCGAGUGCAUCAACCUGGUUUACAAGAUCCUGACGCCGAUCGCUGAGGAGAACAGGGACUGGAAGAAGCUUAUUAACAUCCACUCUAAGCUGCUGGACGCUUACACGCGCAUGGACCAGCUCGAGGGCAAGCGUAUCUUCGGCACAUACUUCAGAGUUGGCUUCUAUGGCGCCAAGUUCGGCGACCUCGACGGUGAAGAGUUCAUCUACAAGGAGCCUACGUUGACCAAGCUCGCUGAGAUAUCUCACCGCCUUGAAUCGUUUUACUGCGAUCGGUUUGGAGAAGAGAACUUCUCGAUCAUCAAGGACUCGAACAGCGUGGACGUGACGCGCCUGGACCCCGACAAAGCGUACGUGCAGAUCACGUACGUAGAGCCGCACUUUGACGACUACGAGUUCAAGAACAGACGUACGAGCUUCGAGAGAAACUAUAACAUUAAUCGCUUCAUAUUCUCUACGCCCUUCACGCCAGAUGGCCGAGCACACGGCGACCUCAGGGAGCAACACAAGCGCAAGACUAUCCUCACCACGCAGCAUAUGUUCCCUUACGUCAAGACCAGGGUUCAAGUUGUAGACCGCGAGUCGUGCGUGGUGACGCCCAUCGAAGUCGCCAUCGAAGACAUCCAAAAGAAAACGCGCGAGCUCGCCGCCGCUAUCUACCAGGAGCCGCCGGAUCAUAAGAUCCUGCAAAUGGUUCUGCAGGGUUGCAUCGGGACGACGGUGAACCAAGGUCCUAUGGAGGUGGCUCACGUCUUCUUGAGCGAUCUUCUCCUCUCCGACGCCACGCCUACCAUCCACCAGAACAAGCUUAGGCUCUGCUUCAAGGACUUCAGCAAGAAAUGCCACGACGCGUUACGCCGCAACAAGCUGCUCAUAGGCCCCGACAUGCGCGAGUAUCAGCGCGAGUUGGAGCGCAACUAUCAUUCCUUCACGGAGAAGCUCAGGCCCAUGAUCACCGUAAACCACCUGCAGAGGGCCACGCCCUUAUCAAGCGAGACGAGGGCUUGAUGAGACCGCCGCCGCCGCCGCUGCUGCUGCUGCUGGUGGAGACCCGCCAGCUUUUGUUCAGCCGCUGCCGCUUGGUCCUCUACCGCCCAACGCUUGCUUGCGUUCCUUUGCUUCCCUGUACACUAAUGAUACGAAUUCUCCACUUGUAGGUUAUUUAUAUGAAUUUUUCACUUAUAGGUUAAGUUUCCGUUUCUGAAGCGGUGGCAAUCUCUAUAAACUAUAGUAUUUAGCGCCCGUUGUAGGUCCAUUGUAUUAUUAUAGGUUUCUUUGUGUGCGACCUGCGAAGUCGUGUUUUAUGUAUGGCGAUAUGGUUCUGCUGUUCUUGUGUUGCUAACUUUGAGACUCGGUGCCUUGAUUCGCAUCACAAACCAUAAUGAGUCAUUGUGCCUGGUUAUUUCUAGACCAUCUCGGAUUCUGCUCCAACUAUUUUAAUUGCUUGGACGAUAAGUGGAUUAUUCACUUUGGGUCUCGGAAUUUGAAUUCCCAUUUGUUGUCGCGUCUUUGAGCUCAAACAAAUCGUUUACCUUUCUUAAUAAAGUGACAGUUUAGUCAAAUCUCGCCGCUAAACUACUAAAAACAAGAUCCUAUAUAUGACGCAUUCUCUUACUCCACAUGUGCUCCUGUAUUUUCUAUCUGAACUUGCACAACUUUGUAGCUGAGACUCUACUUAAAAUAUGAACACAUGUGUUUUCACAUGGGCGUUCUUGUAGGAAACUGACAUUGUUUUUCAGAAAGUACUUAAUUCAAGAGCUUAUUGUUCAUAGUACAUAUAGGUUAAAAAAAUGCUUUAAAAAAUUGUCAUUUUCUUUCAUUCUAUUAGAGACAUGUGGAUUUUGUAUAGGAUUUGUCACAAUUUUGAUGUUUUGUAAAGUACAUUGUCUUUGUUCCAGUUAAUUUUUUACUCAAUACUCUUGUUAGAAACUUAACCAAAGAUGAUUUAAUUAUUUUUGCUAUACUAUUCCUGAAUUUGGGAAUGCUACAUGUGUGUAUUCUUUUGAUCUCUGAAUAUUUUAUACUUAUUCUCCACACAUAGACGAAUAAUUUGUAGUUGUAUGGACGUAUCAUAUGUAACUUUUGAACGUAUCAUUUGUAACUGCUGUCUCAGCGAAUGGGUAUUAGCACGAUAUACACUUACGAACGAAUAGGUAUUAGGGCGAUUAGGGAUGCCGAAGAUAGGUAUUAUAGUAUUAGAUUUUAUUGCCUUAAUGCUUUUGUACUUCUUUGUCCGUAAAAUAUACUACAUAUGAUGUAAGUUAAGAUUGUCAAGAUUUUUUUGACUGAAACCCGUGCCUGACUUAUCAUUGACUCGACUAUUAAUAUCAGACGAUUUCUAGUUUUUAAAUAAGAAUUUUUCAAACGUCGUAUUGCGUGUCUUUUUAGUUUUUACUUUCCUUAUCGAUUGUAAUUUUGGCUUGUCAGUGAAAAUUUCCGUCUCAUAUGAACGUUAUUCUGGUUUUAUUUUAAAAUUUUGCAAAAACGGUGAAAUUGUCCAAAUUUGUGUCCCGUAGCAUCUGUAGUAUCAAUCUCAGACUUCCAACAGAAGUUUCAUUAUGGAGUAAACCUGCCUCCUCAUCCUUGUGCAUUCGUAUUCUUAAUUUUUCGAUGAAAAUUUAUUAGUUUUUACGUGCUUACAUACAUAUACUGUUUAUUUAGGUAUAAUAGCCGCCGCACUUUCGCUUGUUCUUAACGCUUUGUAUGGUGUGCUUGAAUAACGAUUCUUUGUACUAAUACAAUUUUGUGUGAUUUAUUUCAUCUUUUAUUAGAUAACUGACACUUCCUUUCAGCUUCCCGGUAAUUAAUUGUUAUUGUUCUCGAUAACUUUACAUUACGAUUUUAAUUUAUUUUUAGACUCCGUGCAAAUGAAACCUAAUUUGUUUCGAUCAUAUGUAGUUGUCAUGAUUUUCGUCGUAGAAUAGUCGACCAUUUUUUUAAUCUCAUUAAUCAAGGUGAGUAUUGCUUUUUUCAUUACUGCCUGUAAUCUUUCAGAAUCGCAUGAUGUGACAGAUGAACGACCUACAUAAGUGUUGAGUAUCUUCCGAAGUUUGCAUUUAUUAAAAGUAAUUUUUCACCUGCUCUCUCGAUCAUGUCCUCAAGUGCAAAAUACUUGUAAUAUCUAUGAUACUUUUCAUUUUGAAGUUAGCAAUUCGUGUGCAUUUAUAACUCCGAUUUAGUUGCACCUGCGGCACAAUGUGAAUUAGUUUAUUAAAGUAUCCCAAAAUGUGUUUCCUAUUAGUUAAAGUUAUUGUUGUCACUAACGCUCUUUAGUUGCAAUUAUAUGCUCUAUCGAUCAUUAUGUUCGUCGAAUUUGGCUCACACAUGACUUUUGCUUGUAGACGUAAGUUCUGUACUUUUUAAUUGUAAUAUUUGUCUUUG